UCAGUUACUCGUCGUGCCCGUAUAUGAUUGCGUGUUGUAACACACUGAAUAAACACUACGUAGCGACGACUCUUGAUAUUAAGAUUGAUUUCGGAACACCAAAAUUUGCUGAACCAAGACACAAAAAGAAGAAUUAAUUAAAAAAAUGGAUGAAAUACUUAGUUUAAAACGCCUUGGUUACUUAUUUUACAUCGUCGAUCCUAGAAAGCACAUAUUUGAAAAAAUUGAAGAAGUCCCACACUACAUCAAUGAGGCACUGCCUUUGUUCUUCCUCGGGUACGUACUAGAACUAGUUGUGGCAAAAUGGAAAAACAAAAAAUAUCACCGUACCAACGACACUAUAACAAGCGUUUCGCAAGGGAUACUUAAUGAAAGCACAAAGUUGUUUAUCCGAGGAUUCCAAGUGUACCUAUACAUAUGGAUAUAUGACAACUGGCGUUUGGUGACCCUACCUUGGAAUUCAAUUUGGACCUGGCUACUCUCUUUAUUUGGAGUGGACUUCUUCUACUAUUGGGGUCACAGAUUCUGCCAUGAGAUAAACAUCUUAUGGACAAUCCACCAAGUACAUCACAGUUCAGAAGAAUUUAACAUUACCAGCGGUCUUCGCCAGACUUUGUUUGUAUACUACAUAAUAUCGCUGGUCUAUCUCCCACUGGCCUUAGGAAUCCCUCCUGCUAUAUUUUUCACGCAUCACGAUCUUAAUCUUGUUUAUCAAGUUUGGAUACAUACUCGGGUUGUAGGAAACUUGGGGCCCUUAGAGUAUAUUCUCAAUACACCCAGCCAUCAUCGAGUGCACCAUGGUUGUAACAGAUACUGCAUUGACAAGAACUAUGCUGGAGUUUUCAUUAUUUGGGACAGGAUGUUCGGUACCUUUCAGGCUGAGGAUGAAGAAAUUGUGUUUGGCUUAACUCAGCCUAUACAAACGUUUAACCCAGUGUAUGUACAGUUUUCUGCCUAUGGGAAAAUGUUAAAAACCUUCUGGAACAUUAAAGGAUUCAAAAACAAAUUGUCGGUGCUCUUCAAAGGCCCUGGUUGGUCUCCAGGGAAACCUAGACUUGGACUGAAAGAAGACAUCCCUGAUAUCCAUGCUCCACGGGAGAAGUACGAUCCUCAGCUACCCAUGUGGUGUAUAGUGUAUCUCCAUUUCCACUCCUACGUUGUAGCUGCUUUCUACAUUGACUUGGCUCUUCAGCAUCAGGUAAUACCUCAAGUGGUAUUAGUUAGUGGAGUGGUGUUCUGUUUCAUUUCAAUCGUGUCGUUUUCUGCUGUCAUGGACAAAAGGUGAGUCUAUCUAAGGGUUAUGAACCUGUAACCCA